AUGGGUGAUCUCCCCCCCGAGUCAGUUCAAUUUAAAAUUGAACCAUCUCAUAUUCCUGCGACAAAUAUCGUCGCUGCCAAAUCUAUCAGGGUCCUUUCAACAACAGAUGCGAAAAUAUUGAAAGAGAUAGGGAAGAGAAUUCGUCGCGAGGCCUAUAUUUGGAUACUGUUGGAACACGACCACAUUCUCCCUCUCGAGGGUGUGACUGUCGCUGAAGAAUUCGGGCCACUCCCGGCACUAGUGUCUCCAUGGAUGGAAGAAGGAUCGCUGGACGAUUACUUGAAACGCGAGUUUUCUGGAAUGUCUGACCCCCGAAAACGAGAGCUUGUAGCUGCUGGUAUUAGUUACCGUGCGUUGUUAACAGAUGUAGCGAUCGCACCAUUCACUAAAGACUAUCCACUAGUACACGGCAAGGGUAUCGUGCACGGUGACUUGACAGCGACCAACGUUUUGGUUGACAGCUCCGGUUGCCUCCGUCUCGCAGACUUUGGUCUAUCGAUGGUCCUUGCUGAGGCAGGAAACGCCACAUUCAACUCCUGUCAUCCAGGAAAUGUGCGUUGGAUGCCCCCCGAGGCUCUCCGAGACGGAGAUGAAGACGAAGACGAAGCUAAAGACGAAAAGCCAACAAAAGCUUGGGAUGUCUAUUCGUAUGGCUGCGUAGUGUUGCAGGUCUUCUCGGGAAAUCAGCCCUACGCGUGGAUAACAAGUGUUUUAGCUGUUAUGGGCGCAAUGCAGAAGGGGCGUGUGCCUUUCAAGCCUGAGGGCAUUCAGAGUCUUGGGGUGUAUCAACAGUUCUCACCGUGCUUGAAUAGGAUAUCAGCCGAUCGCCCGACGAUAGACGAUAUCAUGAGAGAUCUGGGGUUACAGUAGACGUUGACAUGUAGUGAGAUAUUAUGAUAGUGUACGCCAAUUAAUUGCAGUGACAAAGUUGGAGGAUAUCAUUGCUACGAGUUAGUGCUUACGACUACAUUGUCACGGCCUGCACUCCCCAACACCCACUUUAGUGAGAGGGUUCUGUAGUCCCGUAAGAUGCGGUAUGGACGCGAUGUUAUGUUUGGUAGAGUGCGCACUACGCAGAGACCGAAUGAAG